GCAGUAAGCCAUCCAAGAUGUGGAAGUUGGUGGUACUAUUAUUUUGCUGUUUAGCAAUUGUCCUGGCCGAUGAUUCGCGCGUUGUCAGUACAGCGCAAGGACCAGUGCGCGGCCGUCUGCUCCCCGGUGGAGGGGUCUACGGAUUCUACAAUAUUCCAUACGCAACUGCCCCAACUGGAGCUGACAGAUAUAAGGCACCCCUCCCUCCACCAACAUGGGUCACAAUUUUUGAAGCUGAAGAUCGCAAGAUUAUUUGUCCACAUCGGCGAUCCGGUGAUCCUAUGAAUGCACGAGAAGACUGUCUGGUGGUCAACGUGUUUGUUCCCGAUACAGAAGAUACUAACUUACCUGUACAUGUCUUUGUUCACGAUGGAGCUUAUCAAUUUGGUUUUGGUUUACAGAAAACAUUUACAGAGUUAGUAAGAAGGAAAAAUAUAAUUUCAGUAUCUUUUAACUAUAGAUUAGGAGUGCAUGGUUUCCUAUGUCUUGGUACUGAAACUGCUCCUGGUAAUGCAGGACUAAAGGAUAUGGUAGCACUCCUGCGUUGGGUAAACACAAACAUUGCUAGUUUCGGAGGUAAUGCUAAUGAUGUAACUUUAUCUUCAUGUAGUGCAGGAUCUGGUUCGUUGGAUUUCCUCACUGUGUCGAGCCUUACGGAAGGUCUUUUUAAGAAGGUUAUACAAGAGAGCGGCACUGUUAUUGGUGCUGUCGGAGCACAAGUUGAUCCUAUCCAAAAUGCUAGGAACUACGCCACGGUACUAAACUUCGACAAUGUCAACGAUUUCAACAGUUUAGAAGAAUUCUAUAAGAAUGUUACCAUUGAGCAACUAAUUUCACGUACCGAUGCCAUACUAAAUAAUGAAGGGGUUACUGCAAGAUUUGGACCAUGUGUAGAACGAGACUUAGGGCAAGAAAUAUUUAUAUCAGAUUCUCCCAUGGAUCUAUUGUCACGAGGGAACUAUACGAAGGUGCCUCGGAUGUAUGGAUUCACUACCAUGGAUGGUUCAGUGAGAUUGAGUGUUUUCGACACUUGGAGAGAAAUGAUGAACGAAAAGUUUUCAGACUUUUUACCUUCAGAAUUACACUUCGAUAGUGAAGAAGUUAAAGAGCAAAUUGCCCAGAAGGUUAAACAAUUUUAUUUCGGAGACAGUCUCGUGGAUGACCAUAAUAUUGUAUCUUACCUUAAUUAUAAUACUGAUGUAUUAUUUGCAUUCCCAAUGUUAAGAACCCUUUCAACCCGUGUAGCAGCUCUCGGAGAUCCGAUAUAUUUGUUUGAAUAUUCUUUCAUAGAUGAAAAUUCUCCAGUUUUACCGCAAACUGACGAAAAUGGUGCGAGACAUUGUUCUCAAGAAAGAAUAGUCGCAGAUGGAGAUGUAACUACUGCUACAAACGAAUAUAAGCGAAUGCAAGAAAUUAUGAGAGAUUAUUGGAUUAACUUCAUUUCUAAUGGUUACCCAUCAUCUAGUGACUCAAGUUUGCCAACGUGGACGCCUGCCAAUGCUCAAAGGUCUCCUCACAUGUCUUUGGGUCGACAGAUAGUGCUGCGGGAUUCCAGCCCUAUUCCGGAAAGAGCAGCUUUCUGGGAUGAACUCUUCGAUCAAUAUUUCCGAGGUCCCAUUAUAGACACAGAUACCGUUCCUACGACUUCUCCUCCUUCUUCUACUCCUACGUCUACUUCUACUCCUACUUCUACUACAACUACUUCUACUCCUGGUGCUGCUUCUUCUUUAGUUAUAUCAAACAUCAUUUUCGUAUUGUUAUCUUUUUAUUUUACUUUGUACUUGUAUUAA